GUCGGGUUAGGAUCACAAUGCAAUCCUUGUUGUAUUUGGCCAUCCUUCUGAGCCUGGCAUCCCAGGCUGCUGUAGCCUGUCCAGGAAGAUGUCUUUGCUUUAGGACCACUGUUCGUUGCAUGUUUUUGCAGUUGGAUAACAUACCAGAGAACAUCCCAACUCGGACUACUAUCCUAGAUCUAAGGUUUAACCGCAUCAAGAAUAUAGUCCCGGGUGUUUUUAAAGGACUAAAGAAUCUUAAUACUCUAUUACUGAACAACAAUCAUUUAGAAAGUCUACCUGGCCAGGCAUUUGUGGGCCUAAGUAGUCUUAGAUAUCUAUAUUUAUACAAAAAUCAAAUAGAAACAAUAGACAGAUUUGCAUUCCAAGGUCUAGAAAAAGUGGAACAGGUAUACAUCCAUUUUAAUCGUAUAGAAGAAAUUCAACCAAAAACUUUUGCAAAUCUGCCAUCUAUACGACGAUUGUUUUUGCAUAAUAACAAAUUAAAGAGAUUACCCAAAGGAGUAUUCAACCAUGUUCCAUCUUUACGGAGGCUGCGUUUAGAUUCCAAUGCGUUAAUAUGCGAUUGUCGAAUGAUGUGGUUGGCACAGAUGUUACAGCACGACAUGCGUGGGAUGGAGACGGCAGCGACGUGUAUGGAACCUCGUACAAUGCAGGGGAAGUCACUCACCAGUGUCAGAAUGGAGGAGUUCCAUUGUAAGAAGCCUUUAUUGAAGAGGGAAGCCAAGAGUCGCAUCGAUGUGUCGUUUGGCAAGACAGCAUACUUCAAGUGUCAAGCAGAAGGGGACCCAGAUCCAGAAAUUAUCUGGUUUCAUAACAACAUCACCAUCCCUGUAGAAGAUCUGAAUGAAAAAUACAACGUCCUGGAUGACGGAACCUUGAUGAUCAAAAACCCUGAGAAGGCUGAUCAGGGCGUUUAUGAGUGUGUUGCUAAAAACGAUCUCGGUGAAGCGAAAAGCUUGGGUGUAGAACUAAGAUAUUUAGGUGAUGAUCCCGCCCCUCGUAUCCCUCCUGCCUUUACCAGGGCACCAACUGACGCAGUGGUCAAUGAAGGUGGCACUGUCACACUGGAGUGUUACGCGCAAGGUGCCCCGAGACCCACAAUAACUUGGAGCAAAAAUCGCGACACAAAUCUUAUUCGGAAUCCAAGGUUUACGGUUCUUCCGGAAGGGCCUCUAGUUAUCAGUAACAUCGAGUUUGAAGAUCGUGGGAUCUACUCCUGUGUUGCCAGAAAUGAAUUGGGGCUAAUUUCGGCGUCUGCUGGCGUUUUAGUUCAGAUACCACCAAGAUUUGUGGAGGUGCCCCAAGAUAUCGAUGUUGUAGAAGGACAGCCAGCUUCUUUACGUUGCCGAGCCCAUGGCUAUCCUCCGCCCAAUGUCCAGUGGAUCAAAGACAACAUCAUACAGCCUACAACAAGCCGUCAAUCAUUGGACGCCCUUGAAGGAGGAUCCCAGCUGUCUUUUAGGUACAUUCGUCGGAUUGCUGACAGGGGACAGUAUGAUUGUGUCGCUAGCAGUGAGGCUGGGACAGUCGUUGCUAGGGCUCAGUUGCGGGUUGUUGCUAGAGUUCCUCCAACUUUUACACUUCGGCCCCGAGACUCUGUUGCCUAUGCCCUAGAUGAGGUGCGUAUGCCGUGCCAGGUCCAAGGAGAACCGCAGCCAAACAUCAGAUGGUUCCUCGGCACAACUCCUCUUCAAGACUCUGACAAGUAUUCCUUCCAAGGAGGGGCGCUGAUUAUACAUAACCUGACCAGAAGGGACGAGGGGAGAUACGAGUGCCGAGCCAGCAAUGGGAUCGACACCAUACAGUCGAUAGCUGUCUUGAAAGUAAAAGAUACCAAUCAGGAGUACAUUGGUGACCGAUUUGUCAAUGAAUCCGUCCGAGCUGCGAUCAAAGAAGUCAACAAUGCAUUCGAUAAUACAUUGGCAGAACUGUAUGAUAAAGAACGAACAAGAUCGCCAUCUGAUCUCUUGACAAUCUUCCGAUUGCCCACACCGUCUGCUUUGGCUGUGACGAGAGCAGCAGAAAUAUUCGAACGGACGUUGGAGAAUGUUUUGCGUGCUGUUGCAGAGGGGGACAAAUACAAUGUGACACAUUCAGGUGCUCAGCUUUCCUACGACGAGAUUAUUUCACCGACCCACCUCCAGAUCAUUGCCAACCUCUCAGGUUGUCUCAAUCAUCGUCACGUCGUCGAAUGCACUGACAUGUGCUUCCAGGCACAAUAUCGCUCCCAUGACGGCACGUGUAAUAACCUACAGAAUCCAAUGUGGGGAGCGUCGCUGACUGCUCUACAGAGGAUGUUGAAGCCACGUUAUGAUAAUGGAAUCAGCACUCCCGCUGGUUGGAAUAAAAACAAACUCCACCAUGGCUACAAGCUCCCAAGUGCACGGUUAAUCUCCACCCAGCUUAUAGCUAGUAACAAAGUAAAUGAGGACGCUACACACACUCAUAUGCUCAUGCAAUGGGGACAGUUCCUGGACCACGAUAUUACUUUCACUCCAAUGGCCGUCAGUAAUGCGCGAUUCAGCGACGGCAGACACUGUAAUGAAACGUGCGAAAAUCAAUCGCCAUGUUUCCCGAUUGACGUUCCGUUGGGAGAUCCUCGCAUACAUCGAUUCAAGUGUUUAGGAUUUACGCGAUCGAGUUCAAUGUGCGGUACCGGAGUUACGUCAGGGUUUCUGCACCGUGUUGCAGCAAGACAGCAGCUUAAUCAAAUCACCUCUUUUAUCGACGCAUCAAACGUUUUCGGAAGUUCUGACGAGGAGGCAAAUAAUCUCAGAGAUUUAACAAAUGAGCGAGGAUUUUUAAAAGUUGGGAUUACCCCGCGUAACGGACGGAGUUUUUUGCCGUACAAUAUCAACGCCCCCGUUGACUGUCAAAUUGACCCUACCAGGGCUCAUAUCCCGUGUUUUAUAGCGGGAGAUCAUCGAGCCAAUGAACAGUUAGGAUUAUUGUCUCUGCACACGAUCUAUAUGCGGGAACAUAACCGUAUGGCGGAGGUCCUCUUACGCUACAACCCGCACUGGGAUGGUGAUCAUGUCUAUCAUGAAACAAGGAAAAUAAUUGGUGCAACCAUGCAGCAUAUUACAUACUCUCAGUGGCUGCCGAAAGUUCUGGGUGAACCCGGCAUGAAGAUGUUGGGUACUUACCAAGGUUACAACCCAAGUACAGACCCAUCUAUCCUGAACGUUUUUGCGACUGCAGCUUUCAGAUUCGGCCAUUCGUUAAUCCAACCAAUCAUUUAUAGAUUGGAUGAACAGUUCCAGCAGACAGAAUAUGGGAAUCUUCCCCUGCAUAAGGCAUUCUUUGCCCCCUACAGACUCGUCGAGGAAGGCGGGGUCGAUCCAAUAUUGCGUGGGCUCUUCCACAUUGGGAUGAAAAAACCUGAGCCAGAUCAUCUUCUGAACACUGAAUUAACGGAGCGCUUGUUUCGUCUCGCUCACGCUGUAGCCUUAGACUUGGCCGCCCUGAACAUUCAGCGGGGAAGGGAUCACGGGCUGCCAAGUUACAACUCAUUCAGGCAGUAUUGUAAUUUGACCAAAGCGCAGAGUUUCACCGACUUCAGAAGGGAAAUAAAAAACGUGGAUAUUCUGAGGAAGUUAAAGGAGUUGUAUGGUCACCCAGAUAAUGUUGACCUGUGGGUUGGAGGUUUGGUGGAGGAACCAAUACCUGGGUCGAGGUUAGGCCCAACGUUCAUGUGUAUCAUCGUAGACCAGUUCAAAAGGCUACGUGAUGGAGACCGAUUUUGGUACGAGAAUCCUGGUGUGUUUAGUGCCGCCCAGCUGACCCAGAUCAAACAGUCAACUCUCGCCCGUGUGAUAUGUGACAACAAUGACGGCACCCUUGAAAACAUUCAGAACGACGUGUUUUUGAAGGUCAGCUAUCCUCAUGGUUACACAGGGUGUGUGAAUGUCCCCAAAAUGGACCUAAAAGUCUGGACUGAUUGCUGUCGAGACUGCAGCAGAAACAAGGACGUCUCCACAUUGACCAAUCAGCUGAGACAGAGACGCUCAACUGAGUUCAGUUACCCUCAGGACAGACCACAGGAACACAAAGCUGCGCCGGAGACUGUUGUCGAUCAGCCAGAUACUGGGCGGUCUCAUGGGUCAACCAAGGACACGAUGGGAGAAAUGGAUGCCAUGGACGUACGGAUGGAAGGUGUUGAGAGCGAAGUUGAACGAUUGAAUCAAUUUGUUGGAAAACUAAUGAGAAAGGUUCGGCGACUAGAGAAGCAACUUGGUGGGGAGAAGUCCUACUGUACUGAUGAACAGGGUCUCAGACGGCAACACAAAGAGAUUUGGAAGGAAGACGAAUGCAAAACAUGCAAAUGUAAAUAUUCAAAGGUGCGAUGUGAAGAAGAACAGUGCCCGUGGGUGGAUUGUGAAAUUCCAAGACUCAUCCAUGGACAGUGCUGUCCUGUCUGCUGAACGCUUUGUUACUCAUUUGGCUCAAAAAAAUAUCACUGCCAUAAUCAUGACGAUUCCCUAGUUUUGUCCAGUUCAACAAAAGUAUGGGGACAGACGGCAGUAACUGUCCAAGACUCAGGACUGGGAUUGGAGUAGUUGGGUAUGCCCUCCAGCUGCAACUCUGGUUUGGCAACUGAAAGAAGGCAAUUUUUCAUUCCCAUGAACACAUGAAGUUAAUCAUGAGAAUGAAAAAUGAUCGGCUCUGAUUUCAGAUAUCCGUUUCAUACACGAUGACGGAUUUCCUCAAUGCAGAGAGCUGUCCAACGCACAUAUUUGUUCAAGAAGGAGUUGGUUAAAAAUGCUAGCUGUAUGCUUCAUAUUCUUCCUCUGCUCUUCAUUUGUGGUGGAAUAAUUCUCCAAGGAGCAUUGCACCUUCACUGGAACACCCUGAUUCCAUUUUUUUAUGUCCCUUAUUGUACAGUAUUGGUGGUUUUUGUGUGGCCUAUGAUUCGUCUUUGGCCAGACGGCUGGUAAAUCAUAGGAACUGACAAAGGAUGUUUUUGCAGUGUAAGGUCAAAAUAAAGGCACCUCAGCCCAAGCACUAGAAGUGUACUGUUGGUUGCAGUGGUGUCGGACUUCCUCUUGGAUCAGAAACUUGUGGGCUAAAAUCAUUAUGUCUUCUGAUGAACACGGAAAAAGCUAUGUCCUAUGUGAUUUAGUUAAAACGGAUGGUCAAGUGUUUUAUAGACAAUUGAAACAAUUAUUAAGGUUCAGGCUGAUGUGCAGUUCAACCUUUAAAUUCUACUUAAAAUGCUCAACAACUAACUUCAUCUUAUACAGAAGGAAAACGUUCUCCACGAGGAUAUGUUUUAUGAAAAUGUUGCCAUUGAAUGUUAACAUUGAAUAUGCUCAAUGUAUAAUUUUAUAUGACUCCUGUAUUGUAUAUGACAUGAAAUGAUCAAAAGAUAUAACUGUAUGUGCUGAACUAAUAAUUUGGAGGCAUCUUGCCUGAAUAACUAAACGGGUUGUUGGGAGUAAAGAUAGAAUUUCACAGGGAAGAAAUGAGUUAGCACUGUGAUUUGGAAUUGGACUCUAAAAUUAUGUUAUAUUUGUAGUCGUUAUACCACGAGAAAGUGAUUGUCUUUAUAUGAUGUUGUCUAUGUAGAUUUAUUAAUAUGUAUCCUAUGAGUGGGCCCCUAAGUGGGCCUAGAAUAGAUUUUAGAUUAUUUUAUUGUAAUACUCAUUUAAUUGUAAAUAGCAUUAUUUAAUUACUAAUAUCAUCACUAUUAUUUGAUAAUAGGGUAAGAAAUGAAGACCCGGUGCAAAAAGGGUCAGGUCACAUUUUGAUAAGAAUUAAGGGACUCUCUCUUUCAAAAACCACAAGGUGUUAUUUGCAUCCUCUUAAAGUUUACUCCAUCUCAACCAAAAACGUUUGUGUUCUUGUGUGUGAAGUGUAUCACCAAUCAUUUUCCAUUCUAAUAAUUGUAGUGGAAAUGGCUCUUGGUCAUUUUAUCAAAAUGAAGAAGUAAUAACCCCUCAAGACCCUAAGCAAAUGUUGCCAGUUUCUUACUUGUACAAAAAUAUUGUUUAACAAGAAUAUACAUAUGUACAUUUCA